AAAUUUCGAACGAUUCAAAAACUGACAUUCAAUUCGAACUUUAAAACUCUGUCAGUAAGACAACGUUUUUAUUUUUUUCAUCUGGAUUUUAAAAACUGUAUGUGUGUGAACUUUGUGUUGUGACGUGUUGUGAACGACAUUUUAAAUAUUGAUUAUAGGACUCAGAAUUAUAAUAUUUAAGAUAUCUUACGAUUGAAAUUAACGUCUCAAAUGAAAUAACAUAUUACUGUAAUGUACAAGUGUUUAAGACAGUACAAGUGAAACAUUGUGAUGUGAGUGUGGUUAAGCAAUUAUGUGAAAAGGUAUAGCAGUAAUGUGGCUCCCAGCAGCGCUCUGUUUACUCAGCCAAUUGGGUCUGUCAGCUGGCGGGGUUGACAGCACAGACCCUGACAGCAUUUUCGCAGUGAGUAACGGCACUGCGGAGACCGAGCCCGCCGUACAGCCACACUUUGACAAUGCUACAAAAAGAGAAAACACGGCUGCAGUGGGGCAACCGGCUUACCUUCACUGUAGGGUGAAAAAUCUCGGAGAUAGAUCUGUCUCAUGGAUCCGGAAACGAGACCUUCACAUCCUCACAGUUGGUGUGCAUACAUACAGUAGUGAUGCACGCUUUGCAGCACUUCACACGGAUGGCUCUGACGAGUGGACCCUUCGAGUUGCGCACGCGCAGCCUCGAGAUUCCGGGGCGUAUGAGUGCCAAGUAUCCACAGAGCCUAAGAUAAGUCUAUCUUUCUGGCUUACUGUCGUUGUAUCCAAAGCGGAGAUCCUGUCUGGUCCAGAGUUGUUUGUGAGAGCUGGCUCCGACAUUAACUUGACGUGUAUUGCACGCCACGCACCAGAUCCACCUAGCUUUAUAUACUGGUAUCGGGGGACAAAUGUGGUGAACUACGCACAGCGUGGUGGCAUCAGUGUUGAGACUGAACAACGGACUCGAACCAGUCGCCUCCUUAUAGCUCGGGCUUUGCCCCGUGACUCCGGAAACUAUACAUGCGCUCCUAGCAGUUCUGAUUCAGCAUCGGUGGUUGUCCACGUGGUUAGCGGUGAGCGUCCGGCUGCAAUGCAAAGCGGGGCCACAAUUUCUGCGCCAACUCUUCUCUGCACAUUAUUCACACUUAUUACCUUCUACUCCCAUAGUCAUUUUCUAGCAAAAUCCCUGUAUAACACUCGAUCGCUAACUUUUAUUUCAUUUCAAAAUAAGGCUUUAGCUCCUAGAUGAUACAAUAAAGCAUAAAAUGCAAAUUUAGCAGCAACACGACUGACGAAUAUUCCUCUCUCGUAGCAUCUACGUGUAAUGAGAUUAACUUGUUCAGGUUCAAACAAUUAUUCAAUGUUUGAAUUGGGAAUUAAUUCACACUAUUUAAAUUGGUACAGUUUUUAGCAAACAUAUCAAUUCCUUGUUUAAAUUCAAUUAAAUUAUACGCAUCUAUUAUUGUUAUCAGACAUUUUGUUGUUGCUAAAUCAGCUAACAAAUUAUGUACAUAAUAAUUUAAAUGAAUUAAUUCAAUUUGGCCUGUUUGCUGUUUAUGUUUGACUGGUAAAUGAAUGUGGUUUGAUGAAUUUGAUGUAAAUGUUGUCCGGUAGUUAAUUACAAGUGAAAAUUAUGUUUCGUGAUUUAUUGAAAUAUGAUGAAAUGGUUUUAUAUCUGUAACUGAUUGACUCAUUUCAAGGCAGAAUAUUUUAUCAAAUGAAAGUAAUUUUUAUAAGGUUUUGACGAUGACGAACGAGAGUAGAGAAUUGCGUUAUGAAUGUUGUACCGCAAAUAAUGUAGAAGCUUUCACAGAUUAUAUUACUUUUGUUAUCUGUAUUGUCUUUUUUGAAACGUUGUCGAAUAUGUCAAAAUUUCAAUGAACUUUUGUAACAUUAUCUGUCGAAAAAAUUUGAUUGGAAGUCUUUUGUAAUAUUUGUAAAGAAACUAACUCGCUAAAAUUUACUUAACAGUUUUAAUGACUAAAGAAUCGCUGUAUAUAAUUGUUAAUUAAAACCAUUCAACGUACAGUGGCAAUUCCUAUGUUUAACCUGAUUACGGGGCGUAAUUAAUUAUUGGUCUUCCUUGACAAGCUCUAGAAAUUUUCGCUCCGUUAUUGAAUAGUUAAACGUAAGAAUCGGUCAUGAAAGUAAACUGCUUCUUAUUCCAUACUAUCUAUAGUUUACUUGUAAAUAGUAGAAUCUGUACUAAAAUGUAAAAUGUAUUUACGAAUUAUGCAUCUUAAUUAUUAAUAGAUUAGUAUUAAGUUCAAAACUGUGAAUACUUUUGUAAAUAAAAUGUUUUAAGUGUUA